AUGUCCGAUCUAUCUGCACAACUAUCAGCAUUCAAGAAUAAACUUAAGAGUGGACCUUCGGUAGCUGUUGCUCGAAAAGCUGUCAUUUCGAAACCUACCUCACCAUUGCCUACAACUUCAUCCAAUUCAUCAAACACCUCGUCGAAACGGCCUAAUCCAACAGAUCCGGCCAUUGAAGUAUACAAGAGACAUAAACCAGAGCGAGCCGGUAUUAGUGGAUCUCAUUUAUCUACACAAUUACACUUGGCUGUUGAAUACAUCAAGGAGCAAGAUCAACCAGUCAGUAUCGGCAAACUUCAACAAACUCUAUCUUUUGAUGUUGAGCACACUCUACUACCUUUACUAAAGGAGAUUGAUAGAGUCAAGUAUGAUGAGAAUAAUAGAACUUUGGAGUAUGUCUCGUUACACAAUAUAAAGACUGCUGAUGAUUUGUUGGAAUUCUUAAGGAAACAAACAACAUUCAAAGGUAUAUCUGUGAAAGAGUUGAAGGAUGGAUGGGCUGGGUGUAUUAGAGCUAUAGAUGACUUGGAAGCAGAGGAUAAGAUUCUUGUUUUAAGGAACAAGAAGGAAAAUGCACCACGACUCGUUUGGGCCAAUGCGGGUGGUAAAGUAGGAGCUAUCAGUGACGAAUUCAAAAAGAUGUGGGUUGAUGUCAAAUUGCCUGAACCUGAUGUUUUGUACCAGUCAUUGAUUGAUCAAGGAUUGAAACCAACUGGAGCCGAUCCAAGUUUGGUCAACAAGAUCCCACAACAACAGGAAAAGAAGCAAAAGAAAGCUCGUAGGGGAAAGAUUACCAAUACACAUAUGAAGGGAAUCUUGAAGGAUUAUAGUCAAUUGGUAUAG